AUGGCUUCUCUUCCAUACGUGAAAGGUGUAAGAACUCGCUACAGAAAUACACUUACAGAGAAAAUUGAUUAUUGUGCGGAGAUUAUCAGUUCUAAUUUGGAUGAAAGUGACAUUGAAAGAUUAAUCACAAAUUCAGAGAAGUGUAUCAAAAUGUUGAAAAUGUAUGGCGAUAAAUUAGAACUUCAUUUUGAAAAGCUUGCUUGUGCUAUGGCAGAGGCCCAGCCUGAAAACUCCAAAGAAUUGGAACGAGUUGCAGAUGAGGAUAUGAAGUUGUGUUCUGAAGCUUCAGACAGUGUUAUGGAAUUAGAAGCAUUUGUUGAAAAAAUGGUGAUUCUCAAGAAAAAAUCAGAUACUGAUCAGGCAGACGGAAAACUUACUCCUUCGGAAAAUGAGAGGUUAGUGACUGUGCAAGAACAAAUGAAAGAUAUGAUGAAUAUUCAAAUACACCAUCAACAAGAAUUCAUGGCGUAUGUGGAGAAACGAGAUAAAGAGAAACGGAAUGAAUCUUCAGUUAAACUUCCUAAACUGGAUUUAAAUAUGUUUUAUGGAAAUAAAUUACACUGGUGCGAUUUCUGGGACGCCUUUGAUUGUACCAUCCAUAGAAACGAAAAGCUAUCGGACAUAGAAAAGUUCAGUUAUCUACAGAGUAAAAUUGGCGGUGACGCAAAGCGUGCUAUUGCUGGCCUAGCGCGAUCAGGAGCAAACUACAAGGUUGCUGUGAAACUGUUACAAGAACGAUUUGGGAAAACACAGGAAAUCAUUGAUAUUCAUUACAAGGAAAUGUUGAGUAUCCAAGCACCUUCUUAUAAAGUGGAGAGUUUGAGAUGA